AUGCCGGUGUUGGAAAUUGUUCCACCUCGCACUAGCACUACUACCUCAUCUGAUAGUCACCCUUCGAAAGAAUAUAUAGAUAGGACGAUUGAAUAUUGGAAGACGCUCGACAGAUCGCCGGUCGUUCUGCAAGAGGAAGUGACCGGCUUCGUAGCCAACCGUCUAUCCUUUGCUUUGUUCCGAGAAGCAAUUCAUCUCGUAAAUUCUGGAGUUGUCACCGCUGCAGAAGUGGAUCGCAUUGUCGAAGAGAGCAUGGGUCCCCGUUGGGCUGUCAAGGGACCUUUUUGGAGUUAUCAUGCUGGUGGAGGUAAAGAGAAAGGACUCCAAGGAUUCUUUGACAAGAUAGGGGACACCAUACAGGCUUGCUGGGAUGACGCUGGGUCUCCGUCGCUUCGACGUGAGGCAGAUGCUUCUGUGGCUUCUUGGGAGGGCUCGUUGUGCGAGCAGGUCGAGAAGGCUUAUGGGAUGUUGGAGGAUAAGGAUCUGAGGAAUAGGGAUGAAAAGACUAAGCAGGUUCUCAACAUUACUAGACAGGACUGGGAGAAUGAAGGGGCCAACGACGGCCACAACUGGGGUGGACCUGGUCCUUCCACAGACUCUGCUACCUUGAAAGAACAGAACGACUUCGUUGGUGAAGACUCUGAGACUCCUCGUGACGACACCUGCCGCAACUGCGGUCAAUCUGGCCAUUUUGCUCGCGAGUGCCCUGAGCCUCGUCAGGGCAGCAGUGGUGGCUGCUUCAACUGUGGUGAGGAAGGCCACAACAAGGCCGAGUGUCCUCAUCCUCGUGUCUUCAAAGGCACUUGCCGCGUCUGCAACGAGGAGGGUCAUCCUGCCGCCGAAUGCCCUCAAAAGCCCGCUGAUAUCUGCAAGAACUGCCGUGGAGAAGGGCACAAGACUUCUGAAUGCAAGGAGAACCGCAAGUUCGACCUGAACGACGUCCGCGAUGAGACCCCUGAGGAUGCUUGGGCUCAACUCAAGAAAGCUGACAAGGAACGUGACCUCGAGGACUUUCGCGAUGCUUUCAAGGUGUACACCAAAGCGGAGCCAAGCAAAACUUUCGUCGACAUCGAGAAGCAAUUGCGUGACGAGGGUGCCAAUGUGUACUUGAUUGCCCUUGAGAAGGAGAAGGAAGGGUUCGAGAAUUACACAUUCAUCGACCUCCAGGGAAAGCUGGAUCGCACCUAUGUCGUGAAGUUCUUCUUCGGCCCUGAACCUCGCCGUAACCACUUGAAAGAGCGUUGGCCAGCCACGCCCGAAGAGAACAUUGAACGCCUUGCAGAUGCUGGUUUCGAGUAUGAUCGCAUGAUCCCUAAGUGUAUCAACUGCGGAGAGAUGGGCCACAUCGCCAAGAGCUGCAAGCAGGAGCGCGUCGUGAUCGAACGUGUCGAGAUCAAGUGCGUCAAUUGCUCAGAGGUCGGUCAUCGUGCUCGUGACUGCACCAAGCAGCGCGAACAACGCGGCAAGUUUGCCUGUCGCAAUUGCGGAUCUCCGGACCACAAAGCUGUCGACUGCACCGAGCCACCUAACUUGGACCACAUUGAAUGUCGUCGCUGCAACCAGACCGGCCAUUUCGCGAAGGACUGCCCCAAUACCCCCAAGUUCGCAAAGGCAUGCCGCAAGUGCGGUGCAGAAGAUCAUCUAUCGCGCGACUGUGACCAGGAGCAGAACAUGGACCUCAUCACUUGCAACAACUGCGAUCAGACCGGCCAUUACGCUCGCGAAUGCCCCAAGCCUAGGGACUGGUCUCGUGUCAAAUGCAGCAACUGUGGCGAGAUGGGACACACCGUCCGUCGUUGCUCUAAGCCUUCUGCAGAGGAGGAAAUUGGCGUUAGCGAUUUCGGAGGGCAAGCUGGAGGGGAAGCCGCCUGGGGUUCAGCGGGCCCUGCUCCUAUUGAUGAAGAAGUCGGUGGAUGGAAUGAUGACGUCGACAAACCAGCUGAGCUAGCACCAGCUGAGCUUGCCUGGUAA